AUGGAGCUGACUGAAAAUUUAAAGGGGAUUUGUGGUGUAAAGAUGCUGGGAAUAGGAGUCCUGGCAGCAUUUUCCAUGGUUAGCCUUGUGACCUACAGAUACCUAUCCUGGGACCUUGAAAACUCCAGCAUAGAAAAAGAGGACAGGCUAGAAGAUCAUCCUGAAAGAGACGUGGGGCAGCAACCUCAUAUUAUUUUCAUAUUAGCUGAUGAUCAGGGAUAUAGAGACAUUGGGUACCAUGGCUCUGAGAUCAGGACCCCAACAUUGGACAAACUUGCUUCAGAAGGGGUUAAACUAGAGAAUUAUUAUGUGCAGCCAAUCUGCUCACCAUCAAGGAGUCAGUUUAUCACUGGGAGAUACCAGAUACACACAGGUCUUCAGCAUUCAAUAAUAAGACCUUCUCAGCCCAACUGUUUACCUUUGGACAAUUUGACAUUACCUCAGAAACUCAAGGAUGUUGGAUACUCAACACACAUGGUUGGCAAAUGGCACCUGGGCUUUUACAGGAAGGAAUGUAUGCCAACAAAUAGAGGGUUUGAUUCUUUUUUUGGUUCUCUUCUUGGUAGUGGGGAUUACUACAAUCAUUACAAGUGUGAUAGUCCUGGUAUGUGUGGCUAUGACCUUUAUGAGAAUGACAGUGCAGCAUGGGACCAAGACAAUGGAGUUUAUUCUACAGAGAUGUAUACACAAAGGGUGCAGAACAUUUUAGCCACCCAUAAUCCUAAGAAACCUAUUUUCCUAUAUAUUGCUUACCAAGCUGUUCAUUCUCCUUUACAAGCUCCUGGGAAUUACUUAGAGGAUUAUAAAUCAAUAAUAAAUGUAAACAGGCGAAGAUAUGCUGCUAUGUUGUCAUGUUUAGAUGAGGCUGUUAAAAAUAUAACUUAUGCUUUAAAAAAGUAUGGCUUUUAUGAAAAUAGUGUAAUUAUUUAUUCAUCAGAUAAUGGUGGACAGCCAAUGGCUGGGGGAAACAACUGGCCUCUGCGUGGAAGCAAAGGAACCUAUUGGGAAGGCGGAAUACGGGCUGUUGGCUUUGUUCAUAGCCCAUUUUUAAAAAACAAGGGUUAUAUAUGUCGGGAACUUUUGCAUAUUACGGAUUGGUUUCCAACAUUAAUCACUUUAGCAAAUGGACAAAUUGAUGAAACCAUACAAUUAGAUGGUUAUGACAUAUGGGAGACCAUAAGUGAAAGAAAGCGUUCCCCAAGAGUAGAAAUACUGCACAAUAUAGAUCCAAUGUAUACUAAAGCAAGAAAUGGUUCUUGGAAAGCUGGGUUUGGCAUUUGGAAUACAGCAAUUCAGUCAGCUUUAAGGAUGGAACAUUGGAAACUGCUUACAGGAAACCCUGGGUAUGGAGAAUGGAUUCCACCUCAAAGUUUUAUCAGUAUAGGACCCAACCGCUGGCACAAUGAACGAAUACCUCUAACAAAUGGAAAAUCAGUGUGGCUUUUCAAUAUAACAGCUGAUCCAUAUGAAAGAUAUGACCUAUCUUAUAAAUAUCCAGAUGUUGUAAAGCAGCUUCUUAGAAGACUUGCACAGUUCAAUAAAACUGCCGUUCCGGUGAGAUAUCCACCAAAAGAUCCAAGGAGCAACCCUAAGCUUAAUGGAGGAGUUUGGGGCCCCUGGUAUAAAGAUAAUAACAAGAAAAAGAAACCUAAAGGAAGAACAUCUAAGAGAAACAAAUCAAAAAAGAAGCCAAAACAUCGUAAACAACAAUACUCAGGAUGCCACCCUACUCCUUCACAAUCUUAAGAGCAUUAUCCAACAGCAAACAAUUGAUUUAUAGUUAAUAAACAUAAUUAAUUGUCCAACUUUUUUUUUAGCCGGGGAAACACACCCACCAGGAAAAACCUCUCUUCCUAUUGCAACUAACAGAGAAAGAUAAGUAGGAUUUCUCUCAUCCAAUAUACUGCCAUUUUAAAUUUAAAUUUACAUCUGAACUCUACAUUAACUAAAACUAAAUAUGUUUGCUUAAGUAUGUUUACUGUAGUCCUGACACUGUACCUGUAUAGUUCCACAUGAUAUUGGUCUUUCUAAAAGUAAUAUAAUCCUAAAGAUUAUGAAAAUA